AAACCAAACUAACCUUGGAAAAAAUUUGGUGUCCCACACCAAUUCGUCUUCAACAAAUAAUUUACAUUUAUUUAGACACAGACUGGCGUGUGAAUUAACAGAGUUACUGCGUUGCGUUUCGUGGGGAGAGAAAAAUUUUGUUUAGUCUUCCUAUAAUAAAAAAAAAAUAAAAGUUAAUAAAAAGGAAGUAUAAUUAUUAACAAAUUGUGGAAGUCUCUUGUUCUCGUCACAAUACGUGAAGUAAAACAAAACUAAAUAAUAUCAAGAAAAAUGGAAAAAAUAGACAAUAUGGACGUUGAUUCUUUGGACGAGAGCACUGUUCCCGCUCCUUUUGUAUUCUCCAAACCAAACGCUAUAGAAAAUCCUCCAAGAAUUAUUAACUUUGGUCUAGGAUCGGAUCAUUGUUUCGAUAUUUCUUCUAGUAAAAAAAAUAUGUUUACCUUUGCAGCACCUACGGUAGUGUCGCAAUAUAGUUCGGAUUGUACAAGUUCUCUAAAUAACAAAUCCAAGUACAAACCUGUAAUUUCGAGAACUAAGACGUACGAACCAACGGUGAAUGUGUUUGCAAACGCUCUCAAAGAUACGGGAGCGUUCGAACAGCUUAAGAAGAAUUCCAGGUCGCAAGUUGCCAAAGUCAACAUAAAUAACGCGAUAACGUGUUCCGGUGUUCCCAAAGAAUUGCUAACCAAGUCAAUGGCAAAGGAAUACUUCAUGAAAUACGGAAAUAUUGUAAAAUUAACCGUUCGUCCGAAGAAAUGCAUAAUUGUGGUGGUAUACGCCAAGAAGGAAGAAGCAAAUAACGCGUACUACAGCGCCGGGGAAUACAAGGGCGAUAAGUUUCACAUAAGUUGGACCAAGAUGGAAUCGCUGCUGAAGGCACCGUCCAAGAAGAAAGAUAAAAACAUAGUAACAAAUUUACUCAAGGCGAGUAACGACGAGAUCAAAUACGAAUUGGAAGCUAUGGCGCAAUUGGAAUACAAUUUGCAUCCUGUCAAAGGUGCCGAGCUUGUGUCCGACGCGAACACAUUGCUGCCGUUAAAAAUCAGAACACCGGGUGGGAAAACAACGUCAAAAUUAGACAAAGCAGCUGCGAAAGAUAAACCGGAUGCCGAGAUUCAAAAAGCCAAAUCGUUGCCCACCACGCAAACUUCGAUGGAAGAAUUGCAAAAUAUAAUACAUCAAGUUGCCGUUACGGCCGAGGAUAAGUACAAAGUGUUGGAGGCCAGAGAUCGUCUGAUGAGAUUGAAACGAGUCAAACCGGCUUCGCUCGCGACCGCCAAAGUCACCACCGGCACAUGUCCCGACAUGUGUCCGGAAAAGGAACGUCUCAUGCGCGAAUCGCAGAGACAGGUCGCGUCCUACGAACAAUUGGAGGCAAACGAGUACAAGAUAAAUCACGUGACGGCCAUCAAGCAAUAUUCGAGAUCUUCGGCGGAUCAGGAGGAACCGAUGCCUCACGAAUUGAGACCGGUUAAAUCGUUGAAAAUGACCAUGAGCUACUUGCUUCACGAAAUAGUUGAUCUCUGCGAAGACGAGAGCGCAAAUCUGGCCGAAUGGUAUCACUUUUUGUGGGACCGAACCAGAGGAAUAAGAAAGGACAUCACCCAGCAGGAAUUGUGUUGCGUCGACAGCGUCGAAUUGAUCGAACAGUGCGCUCGAUUUCACAUCGUCUGCUCGGAGAGACUUUGCGCCGAGGACUCGUCCGUGUUCGACAAGAAGAUCAAUUCGGAAAAUUUGACCAAAUGUUUGCAAACGUUGAAGUACAUGUACAACGAUCUGAGAGUGAAAGGUAUCACUUGCGAAAACGAGGCGGAAUUCAGAGCUUACGUGGUUUUGCUCAAUUUGAACAACGGCAAUUUUCUGUACGAUCUGCAACAGUUGCCGAGAUCCGUGCAAAAUUCGCCGGAAGUUCAGUUCGCGAUCAAAGUUUACUUCGCACUCGACUCGAACAAUUAUUACAAAUUUUUUCAACUCGUUCGAGAAACAACUUACUUGAACGCUUGCAUAUUGUUGAGAUAUUUCAAUCAAAUCAGACUGAAGGCUUUUCGCGUUAUAAUCAAAGCUUACUGCAGAAGCACGCAAACCGCGUUUCCUUUGUACGAACUGAUAGAUAUAUUGGGUUUCGAGAACGAACGGGAAGCCAAAUAUUUCUGCGCCCAAGUCAGACAGAGUUUGUCGGACGACGACUUGCACGUUUAUCUGAAUCGUCAGAAUUUCGUUAUGCCGGCGGUGAACAUACCGCAAAUCCGGGCUUUCAAUCUGAUCGAAUCCAAGAGAAUUUCUUUGAAGUUCACCGUCGGACAGUGUAUCGCCGGUAAAAAAAUGCCGGAGAAAACCUACUUGAAUCACAAGCCGCACAACAGUUUCGACGCUAACGGAAAUCUGAAACCCGAGUCCGUCAACGCCGCUGAUCAGAAUUCGAAUAUUAAUUUCGAGGUGCAAGAUUCGUACGAGUUUGGGGAAAAAGAAACGAAGAAGACGACGCCGAGGUCGAUGACGGGAGACUCGAAGAAUCAAAACGCCGCGAAGAACGGCAGUAGUCCGGCGCGAAUUAAGAAACAAACGUUAACAAACGCGAGCGUGGAAUCGACGGGUGUGUCCCAUAAACUCGCGUCGGUUUCCGAAUCGGUUUCCGUCUCGGAUAUCUUCAAAACAUCGGUAUCCGAUGCGUACGAACGUUCGAGAGACAAAUUUGAGGAAAAGUCUCAAUCGAGCGCGCAAGUAAAAUCGAUAUUUGAUCAAAAAUCGGACGACAGAGCGAAAGCUCGCGAAAAUACAGUCGCAGUAUUUUCCAAGCAACCGGAAACGUCGCGCGGUGCGGAAUCAGUCGCCUCGUUUCAAUUGGCCACGAGCAAGAGCAUCUUCUCCGGCGCGGGAUCCGGAAAUAUAUUUUCGAGGCACGUUGUUCCCCCUCCUCCCCCUCCUCCCUUUCCUUCGUCGUCUUCUUCCGCAUUUGGUGGCAAUGUUCGAUUUCCCGCACCAGUUUCCAAGGUUGGACACUACCCAACCUUGCCAGUUUCCAAUCAACAGUCAUCAUCGAACAAUACAAAUACUUCAAGUAAAAUGACGAAGGAACAACGAACCGUUUUUUCCAAGGAACAACAAAAGGACGUAACGUCAAAAACGAACAAACAUAAAGAAUCGAUCAGAUCGAAAGAACUGGAGAAGUUGGAACAGGCUAAAAGAAUGCAACAAAUCGAGGAGAAGACCAGAGAGAUCUACAACAGCCUGCACGCGGAGGUUGUGCGUGAAUUUUGCUCCGCCAUCGCGAAGGAGAGCAUCGACAAGAUAGAAAUGUACGACACGUUGAGCAGAAAAAUUCUAUCCGACAUGAUCGACGAAGUUACUUUCGAAAUGUGCGACGUGGAAUUGAGCGGCGAAAUUAAGCAUCAACAAUUGCAAGCGAUUGCUUUGAGAAUUCUGAACAAAAAGAUCGGCAAAUGUUUCAACGCUUGGAAGCGAUACGUGUCGAGAAAGAAACGACAGAGAAAAGCGUUGGAAGACACGCCUGUUUAUUUGCAGAAACAAUCUGUGGAGGAAUGCGCGCGUAUGUUGUAUUCCAAAGAACAGGAAUUGGUGAUAAGAAAUAUGCGACGAAAACGAAUCAAGAUUGAGAACGACGCAACAACGACGAUUGGCGAUGAAAAAUUGGCGCCAAUUGAGAUCAUUGUUUACGCCGGUAUCAAAGAGAAUCUACGACUGUUGGAUAUUAAUUUUCUGCCCAAGAUAUUCUGGAAACUCGCGAUCUCUUGGCCAGAUCUGGCCAACAGACCAAUUUUGUGGCAUUAUAAAAAAACGAUGAACCAAUACCUUUAUCCCGACGACUUUACCAUGGAUCCUAUUCUCAAGGUUCAUCGACCCAACUGUUACGAGACUUUGUUUAUUUGCUUGAGACACUUCGAAGGUUUCAUCAGCGAACGUCAUUUGAUCGGCGCGGACGCGCUUUUUUUUAUCGCCGACGCGUCCGAAAACUAUCAGUUUGUCGCCAAACGUUUGAUGAGAACCGUGUUGUCCAGGCACAAACUGGUAUCCAUGCCUCUUGCUUUUAUCGUCCUGGGCAAUGGCGAUUUGAAAGAUCACAAUGAGAACAUCGUCUCGGAUCUGGAAUCUCUCUUGGAAUCUGGUUACGUGUCGGAGUACACCAUUAUGUACGAGAAGAAUUUGUCUAAAAAAGUUAUCUUAAACCUGACGCAGAGUACAAUCUUGUGGUUGGCGGUUAACAAAUCGCCGCCAAAUCCGCUCGAAAUGGAUUAUCUUUAUAACGUUUACGACAUUUGUUUGUCGAAGGAAUUGUGGCUUAGGAUAUUGGGCGAUUCCAUGUUCAACAAGCAAUUGUCGAAAGCGCUGACGGAUCCCAACUUUGUGAUAGACUUGCACAACGAGGCUGUGAACCACUUGAUAGAUAUAAUCUCAGAUCCGGAAUCCAUGUUGUAUACGAAUUUUGCGCCCGAAUUGAAAAGAUUUCUCAAAUUAACUGAUAAUAUUAUGCCGUGUGGUUUUGAAUAUUUCGACGAGUCGUGGAAACGAGACGAAUACAGAGCAAACUUGGAAAUUGUAAUGAAUAAAUUUAUAUUACCAUCGUGGAACGCACCAUGGCCAUUGACAGAUAUGCAAGACCUACAACGUCAUGUUGUAAAUUAUCUCAGAAAAAUACUACCCGAUUCAAACUGCAUAACUAUAUUCAGCGAUAUAUUAAGUAACAUAUUUUUGACCUCGGGCAGUUUACAAAUAUCCAAUUUUAUUCACAUAAUAUUGCACAUAGUUAAGGAGAAAGUGCGUCUGUUGGAUGAAAAUCAAGUGGUCAUCUAUAACAGAAAUCAUCUGAAACAUUUCCGUACGUUACCGUGGUGGUUCAAAUCUAACGUGUUGACGGAAUUCAUGUCGCGCCUAUUAAAUUUGGACAACAGUGACACAAUGUCGAACGAACCGUUGAGAAAAAGAAGCAGACUCAACAGAACGGAAGACGAUUUGAAUAACAGCGCGUUGGACGAGGAAUUUAAUUCGUUGGCGGAAUUUUGCCACGACACCAGCGCUCUGGUCAUGGAGGUACAUUCCGCGUCGGAGGAAAUAGAAAACCGUUUGCAAGCGCAACAAUUGGAAAACACAAUGUUGGAAGAUAGAUUAAAAAAAGCAUUGGCUGAUGACGCGAAUUUGAUCGAAAAAAACGUAUAAGUUUCUAUUGAUAUAACUCGUCGAAAAUUGGUAAUUCAAAAAAAAAGGUAGUACGAGUCUUGUACAGGAUGGUAAGUGUGUGUUCUUUAUUUUAUAUUAAUAUUUAUCAAAACGUUUCGAUCAAAAUUUUUUGAUCUUCAUCAGUGACAUUCAAAAAAUAAGUGAUCUAUCACCGUUGUGCUUACAACCAGCCACGUGCCAAAUCAACAUCAUUACGAACUACGAGCGAUAUGACUUCUGUUUUUGAAUUGUUUUUGAAUGUCACUGAUGAAGAUCAAAAAAUCUGAUCGAAACGUUUGAUAAAUAUUAUAAUAUACAAUAAAGAACAUCACACACUUAUAUCCUGUAUUAGGGAUGAGCAUAUGAUAUCGAUAUAUCGACAA